AAUUGGAGGAUCACACUGUUUCAGUCAGUUGCAUCGAAUCGAUUUGAUCUUUUUCGGAUUUGAUCAAGCUUAGUUUUACUUGCUAACUAAGAAGAUCAAUGCUUAGUUUAUCUUUGGUCACAUAUAAUGGUAAUCUAUUUACAAUGUCUCUAUCCAUUAACUGCUUUCUUUAAAUUACUCCCAAAAAUAUCAAAAAAAGUUUGGUAUAGUCAUUAGUCGCAGCCAAUGCUUGCAUUAGUGAAUGUUUGGAACAGAUGCUCCUUCCGAUAUUGAUCAUCAGGGAAAUGAUAGUGUCACUAAUGUUAACUUCAUUGUUUAUGUGUAGUAUAAACUGCAAAGGUAUAGUAAGUGUUGGUUUGUAUAAAAUAUAGAAAAAUGAGUGAAAACAAAAUAGAAUCAUUAUUUCUUGCAUAUAAUAAUACUCUCCAGGGUUAAAGGCAAAUAGGCAAUAUUCUAUAUACGAGAAAAGGAAAAGAGGGAAAGAAUGAGCCGAAAAAUUAGGGACUGGUCAAGAAUAAUAAUGCAUGGAAUGAAUCAUUUCAAUUUGGGUCAGAUCAGAUGAACAAUCUUCCUCAUUGUAAAGCCUAUAAUUAGAAUAAAAAGGAGAUAAUUAGAAACCAAAAGAGAGAUUAAUGUUUCCUUGUUUCAUAAUGGUGUGUGUGGUUGUAUAGAAAAAGAUGUAUAUUGUUUUCUUUUGCAUAAGGAGGAAAUGAGGUAUAUCAACUUGUUUUCUUUAAAGAGAAACAACGAAGUAUUUGUCGCCGUCCUUUAUUAUUGGCUACCCACACACCAAUUUUCACAUUUUCCUUCGCCACAUGAAUCUAAUCGGUUCCAAAUCUUUGCGAUAAGUAUUCUUAGAUUUUAUGGCUUGAUAUGAGAAGCAUCUUUUUCUGAUAAACGUCGCUGAAACUCAAAUAUUAAAAUUAUAUUUUAAUGUUUUUCGUUAUUCGAAUUUUUUUGAGUCGAAAUUAUACUAAUUUGGGAUAUAAGACUUGAGAAUUAGAUAUUGUUUAAAACAAGAAUGGACAUUCGACUAUCAUGUUUAUUAUGGUUGUUGACGUUUUGAUUCUAGAAAAUUUAUAACCAAACUGAAAUAUAUCGUUCAAUUUAAUUCAGCAUUUUUUGUUGGUUCGGUUGAAUUUUGAGUUAGACGAAAAAAGAAAUUCAAAAGUGUAAAGUUAUCAUAAUAAUAUUUCAAGAAAUUCAGAUAAGUUCGCUCGAUUUGUCACACUAAAUUUAGUUUUUGGUUCGACGCAAGUUCCAUUUGUUUAACUUAAAUUUUUUUGGUACCACUCAAUUAUUAACAAUCAACAGUGAACAAUAUGUUUUUUUCUAAUAAUUCAGAUUUGAACACAAUGAUGGUAGUCCUCUUGCAUUACUAUUUAGCACACGCAUAUAUAUCACACCACAAAAUCCAAAUCUACACUCUCGUGAACCAUAAGAGAAGAAAGAGAGCAAAAAGAAAAAUGGAUACGAUGAAAACAACAAAAGUGAAGUUCACAAAAGAGAUGAUAGAGUCUAUCAAAGACAAGCUCCCAAGGCUCAGCUUUCUCCUCCUCUUUCUCCGACAAUGCUACGGCGGUUGUGGAGACCGGACCCACUUACUCCCUUGCUCCAUCACCACUGCCUCCACCCGCUUCUGGAACCUCUCUGAUCGUCCCGUGGAGCUUCAGAUUCGAGUCGGGUCGAUCCUUAAACGUGUCCACACUCUCAAACCGGGACGUUCCAAAAAGCUCAGGCACAGUAACCUCCACAGAGCCUACGUUCCCGACCAGGAAGGACGUCGAUGGUUGUACUACGACGACACGUGUUUACCGUACGUAUGGGUUCACGAGACCGGUACGGACUUGUCUAAGAUGGUGAAGCAACAGUACGUGAGUCUCGAUGAUCUUAGGGAUUGCUCGGAGAUUAGGGUUUUUAAGGAUUUACAGAGAGGCUGUGUCUCUGUUGAGAAGAGAGACAGAGCUUCUGCUUUGUGUUGAUUUUGAAAUUUUUCAUUAUUGAUUACUUCUAUAUAAUUAUGAGUACCACAUAUAAUAACUAAAUAUGUAUUUCAUUGUGUGAAACAUGAUGCAUGUAUCCAUCUAUAUGAAACUCCAUCUCCAGUAUUGACUCUUGUUGAUCUUGGA